AUGGCUAGAUCUCGAAAGUCCACAGGGAGACCUCGACCUGGAUAUUUCACGAUGGCUUCUAGACGUCGGGCUCGUGCAGUCCCUCCUCAGCAGCAAGCCGCCCGCCAAUUUUCGCCAGAGGACGAACCAGCUAUCCCGGAAAAAUCGGGAGCAGACCUUUUUCGGCCACCAAGCAAUUUCAAUUUCCUCUUUCCCAGGGAAAGUCCUGAGCGGAACCGGGAUGCUAAGGAUAAAGCAACCCCCUUCGUCGCCCAGCAAGAACGUGCACAGAAUACCCAGCUAUCAAGUUUCUCAUCGGCCCUGAACUGGGGGGGAUCUAGGGGAAUCAAAGGGCGUACUCAGUCCUUAAAAGGUCUUGGUACUUUUUCGGAACCACCACCCUUACCGGCGCCUCUGCCUCCUCUUAGAAACACCCCUUUAGCCUACGACCAUUUUUCGGAAUCUAAGCCUUGUUUUCCCGAGGAGUCUACCCCGUUUAGGAAAGGGAACAUGAAUAGCGUCAAGGCUGUAAAGCGCGCCGAGAUAUCGCUUUCAAGGUUCUUAGCCAAAAAUCCCGAUCACACGCGGGCGAAGGAGGAAUUUAAAGAAUAUGAACGUUGCAAAACCAAAGUCGACCAAAAUAUUCCUCUUACUUCAGCUGAGAAAUCGCGAAUGAAUCAGAUUGCCCGCAACAUCGAACGUAGGGAAUAUACGCUGAACAAAGAUGCAGAGGAGAUCUCUUCUCAACAACACACACCGAACAUUGCACCAGUCGUAAGCAAAGCGAGAGAGGUUCGUCCCGGUCCAAAUGUCCUCAAGGAGACAGUAGCAAAUCUUGGAACGCCUGGCAUAAGCUCCCCGGACCGCAUCCAUCUCGAUAAGGCUCAAGGUGCCGCCGAGGCGUCUUCCGAAGACGACACCAGCAGCGAUGGGGACCUCGAGGGAGAAGAAAGGCCAUUUUGGCGCUACAACGUUUAUUUAUCGGAUAGUGUUACCGGCGACGAUGCGAGUCUAAUUGCGACUUACCUGAAUAAAUCUAGAGCGGAAGCUCGGGUGGGCGCGGAAAUUAGCCGUGCUUUUACUUCCAGCAGUCUUGCAGACUGGACAGGUGUCGAGGUUAGAUGCGUAUUUCAGGACGGCGCGGUCCUAGGACAAACGCUAGAAUUCGACACAGGUCGAAAAGUACAAGUCCAGAUCGAUAGAGAGCUCAUCAAAAAUGAAGUACUCCGUCGAAAACAACGCAAGAAGUUGGAAUGCCUCCCUUCAAAGCUAUACGUCGUGAGUGAGAACGUUGUUGCUUUGGACCUGCCAGCUGUCGUCGCUGAAGGAAGGAUGGACGGUUUUGCGUUUUCUCGUCAUACUGACGGGCAAGAGGUGUUUACCAUUCGAGAGGAUGCCAACGAACAGGCGAGCCGCGAGAUGCUGGAAUACAUGACAAACCAUUUACCACCCGACCAAAAAUUCGAUCUGAGUGUGAUUGGGAAGCUGGAUACGGAGGCGCGGCUGUAUCUCCAUGAGCUGGAGGAGAGCGAGGGGUUAUAUGAUAGGACCAGGGUGGUUAUCGAUCAGAAACGGCGUUCGCUACAGGUUUCGGUCAAGGUGAAGGAGAUGCUAGUUCGGGGCCCGAUAAACUAG